AUGGGCUAUUGUGUGGAUGGAAUUUAUGAUGAUAAAACUCGUAAUUUAACUGAACCAGUGUUAUGCGAAAUAGCAAAUUCACUGUCAACUGUGACAAAAGCUCUGACAUAUAUCACGCCUCACAUAUCAUUCCUUUGUGUUCUCAUAAACCUCUUCCACUUCACGAUUCUGACAAGAAAGUCGAUGAGAAACACCUCUAUCAAUAUUAUCAUGGCGGCUGCAGCAUUCUGUGAUAUUUUCUCAUUCAUUGAGAUGCUUAUGAGAAUUUAUGUUAACGUUCAAAUGCUCAUUUACGCGUGCUAUGGAGAGGAUUCAUACUCUCGUUUGGCUGUUGAUAUUGCUUUCGAAAUAGUUAAGAAAACGGCUCAGCGAGCAUCAACGUGGCUGAUUCUAAUGAUCGCUUUCAUUCGAGCCCUGGUGAUUCGUUACCCAAUGAGCUCGAGAAUUGAGAAGCUCACAACUCCCAAAGUUGCAUUCAUUAUAAUUUCCGCUGUGGUUAUUAUUAGCAUUCCGUUCUCUCUUCUAAAUUAUAAUGAUAUUCAAUUCAUGGAGUAUAUCGCCACGACAAAAUGUUUUCCAAAUGGCACUAUGAAAAUUCUAAUGGUUUUUGGGAGAAAAGUCGCUACAUACAAUGCCAUUACGGCGAUCGUGACAAAUGACAUUCCUUGUGUUUUAUUCCCUAUCUUAUCACUGCUUCUUGUAAUAGAAAUUCGAAAAGCUGACAAAAAUCAAAAACGAUUAACGGCUCCAACUAACGCUCAGGAUUUUCAACGAAUCACUAGAUUGGUCCUCUAUAACACCCUGAUUUUCUUCGCCACCCUACUUCCUCUUGGUAUUACACGUGGCUUACUAUAUUUCCCGCGUGGACUUGUGUGGAGCGUAGCUCGAGAAAUUGAAAGCAUAGCUGCCACAAUUCUAACUGUUAACACCACAACUCAUUGCAUUAUAUACCUUUUAAUGUCUUCUCAAUAUCGAGGAACUGCAAAACAAACUUUUUUGUGUGGAUUUGAUAUACAGGCAAUCGAAAAUACCUGA